AUGAUCAACUUUUUGACCUGGGGACUUUUACUUUUAGCUUGCUUUUUGAGCUGGUUUAUAAUAUACACAUACGCAUCUAAAUCCACAGCUUUUUAUGUGUAUUUUUUCUCAUUUAUCGGCUAUUUUUUAGGAUUCGCUAUUGUUGCGUUAAUUCCUUAUGAUAUCUAUUUAGUAUGUUCUAGCUAGGGUAAAACAAACAGUGAAUAUGAUUCUCAGCAGGAAGCAGAUUUAAUGAGAUCUGUGUGACUUUCAGUAUAUUGAACUGUUUUUGCUCUUUGCUGGUAGCAUUUAUAAUAGGUUUAUUCUUCCACUUAUUCAGGAAUACGAGAUCUCUGGGAAUUUUUCUUUUAUUAGUAGAAUGCGAGCAACUUUAUACCGUCAAGCUAGAAGCAUGAUUUUUGCAGGGGCAUUUGGGCUAGCUCUAGUUAUUUUUUUACUUAUUGAAGGGCGUCUUACAGUGUAAAUUUUAUAUAGAAAAACUCUGCCUGUUUUUAUGAUAAUUUUGAGUAACUGCUGGGGGCUGUUUUUAAUAAUUGUGCUACUAGGCUACGGAUUGAUAGCAGUACCAAGGUCCUUUUGAAAUUCAGGAAAUACGGAAGAAUAUCUUAAAAGUUUAUAUGUUAAAGCAACCACUUUUGAAGAGUGCAUAACAGAAGUAAACCAUCAACUUGAUGAAAUUAUCAAGCUUAUUAAUGCUGCUUCUCAUCAAAUUUCUGAAUUUUCUCCUUUAAAGCAAUAUCUUGAAAUCAUUUUUUUAAGAUGUCCACAAGAAUCUGUCGAAAAUAUUAUCUCUACUCAUCCUUGAUCGAACAAAAAUCAUUUUGGUUUCCGAAAUUUAGAAAAAUUAACACUAUAACUAUCUUUUUUUAAUAUAAUAAUGAAUUGUAGAGACAACAUAAUUACACCGUAAACAAUUCUAAUAUGAUUAUAGCAUGAUCGCUAAUAUAUUCAUUCUUUAUCACUUGUGGUUAACUCAUAAAUAUUUUAUAUGGAAAAAAAUUUUGAUCUAAAAAUUUAUAUUUUUCCUAAUCGAGCCUAUAGUUACUGUUCGAUCAAGGAUGGGAAAUAGUAAGGGAAAUAGAAUUCAUAUAUCAAGAGAUAGCAUGAAUAAACUUGGAAAUUUAUCUGAACAAAGAUUGGCUGAGCUUCAUCAGGAUCUUAAAAAAACUAUCUCUGAGCUAGAAAGAACAAAAUUUAGAUAUAAUCAGUUAAUAGAAGAAGCUAUAUUAUUAGAAGAUAUAGCACAAUCUUAUAACAGUACACAAAGAAAAAUAAUUUCUGCUAUUCUCCCACAAAGGACUGGGAAAUGUGUCAGGACCCAAGAACUUAUUGGAUGAAUUUGGCUGACCAGAGUUAAGCCAAUUUUCUGCCGAUUACUAGGUAUUUUAUUUGGAAUCAUGAGCAUUCUUAUUGUAUUAGGAGAAUCCACUUUAUUCAUUCAGAAUCCAAUAGGACUUUUCCCAUUAUUAAUACAGAAAGCACAAGGUGCUUAUUCCAUACAAAUCUUAGUCCUCAUCCCACUUCUUUAUAUAAUUUUAUGCUCUUAUUAUGCCUUAUUCAAUCUAAGGCUAUCAGGAUCAUAUGGGCUUUACCCAAAUAAUCAUACAGACCCAAGCAAUCUUGUAUGAAGUGCCUGCAUCUUAGCAAGGCUGACAACCCCUUUAGCGUAUAAUUUUUUUUUAUUUAUAAAAGAAAAAAACUGCGAAUUUUUCAAGGUUAUGAAAGUUAUUGAUUUAGUCCCAGUAUUAGGAAAUGAUUUUGCCAUAUGAUUUCCUUUGCUAUUAAUUGUAUUUUGCAUUACAAAUUAUUUUAAUAUUUAUGGGAAAAUAAUGGGAACGCUUGGGCUGACACAAUUUAGUUUUGAUGAAAAAUAUUCUGAGGAUAGGAUGCUUGAAGGCAAGUUGUCUAUACAAAAAUCAAGAUCUGAAAAAGAAAGAGAAUUUGGAUUAACCAGUUUGCUGUCUACAAAUGAAAGGAUAAAUUGGGAAAUGGCAAGAGUGGAGGACACUACAGAGAAGAAUAAAAAAUCUAAGUUCGAUAGACUUUAUUAUUAA